AUGGCUCUAUCAGAAGAAGAAAUCACAAGGCUUUACAGAGUUCGAAGAACGGUGAUGCAAAUGUUGAAAGAUGGGGAGUAUUUAGUUACAGAAUCUGAUAUCAACAUGACAAAAGAACAAUUCAGGAGCACAUAUGGAGAGAACAUGAAAAGGGAAGAUCUAGACAUCAAUAAAGAAAAGCGGAGUGACAGCUCUGAUCAGAUAUAUGUCUUCUUCCCUAAUGAAGCCAAGGUUGGGGUAAAUACAAUGAGGGACUACACCAAGCGCAUGCAGUCGCAGAAUGUGUUCAGAGCAAUCUUGGUGUCUCAAACAAAGCUGACUCCUUUCGCAACCAGAUGUAUAAGUGAGAUGUCUACAAGGUUCCAGAUGGAGGUUUUCCAGGAAGCAGAACUGUUGGUGAAUAUUAAAGAGCAUGUUCUAGUUCCUGAGCAUCAGGUGCUUACAAAUGAGGAAAAGAAGACUCUGCUGCAGAGGUAUACCGUGAAAGAAACACAGCUUCCUCGGAUGCAGGUGAUAGAUCCAAUCGCAAGGUAUUACGGGCUUACACGUGGACAAGUUGUGAAGAUAAUCAGGCCAAGUGAGACUGCUGGAAGAUAUGUCACCUACCGUUAUGUUGUUUAA